AUGCCCCCUCUCGGCUGGUCCAGUUGGGUGGCCCUCGGCCCAGAAGAAGCCUCGGCUGCCGCGCAGCCGCCAGAGUUCGACUUCUGCGACGAGUCCAGCGUGAAAGCCUCCAUCGACGCGUUCCACGAGGUCGGCUUGUACGAGGCAGGAUACCGCCACUUCCACCUGGACGACUGCUGGGCAGACAGGUCCCGGAACGCCUCUGGAUUUCUUCAGGCAGAUCGCGGCCAUUUCCCCAGGGGCAUGAAGGAAUUGGUCCAGUACGCGCACAGCAGGGGUCUCACCUAUGGGUUGUACACUUGCGGGGGGACCUGGACAUGUGUGGGUAAGCGGCCCGGGUCCAGAGACCAUUGGGACAAGGAUGCUGCCACUUUUGCCGAGUGGGGGGUGGACGUGGUCAAGAUGGAUUGGUGCAACCAUGACGACAUGGAUCCUGUCGUUGCGUAUAGGAACAUGUCCGAUGCACUCAACAGGACAGGCCGCCACAUUCAUCUGAACAUGUGCGAGUGGGGCCAAAAAGAGCCCUGGAGGUGGGGUCCCAGCAUCGCACAGUCGUGGCGGGCCACUCAGGACCACGUGGCGAGCUGGGAUUCCACGAAGGACAUCAUCGCCCAGCGCACGGCUAUCCCUGCCAGACAUGGUGGCGCUCCUUUCGCGUGGAAUGACAUGGACAUGCUGCAGACAGGGAAUUACAGGCAGGCGGCGCGCUCCAAUGGCGUAGCUGCUGACAUGAGCGCUGCCGAGUACAAGUCGGAGUUCAGCAUGUGGGCGAUACUGGCCUCGCCCCUCGUGGUCACGACACCUAUCCUGAACUGCUCGUCCACAGAUCAGAUCAACGGGAAUUUCACCCCGAGCUCGUGCCGGCCGUCCAUCACUCCGCUGCAGAAGGAGAUCCUGCUCAACACCGAGGUGCUCGCCAUCAACCAGGACGUGACGCCGGCAGGGCGCCUCCUGCACUCCGCAGGGCAGCGGGAAAACUCGACCAUGGUCUACGCUCGCAACCUCUCCGACGGCAGCGUCGCAGUCGCCUUCUACAACCCGGGGGACAGUGCAUCGCCUGGUGCGGUCCCAUUCCCUGAGCUAGGCUGGGCAAGCGGCGUGGCUGCCUCGGUGCGCGACCUGUGGCUGCGCGAGGACGUUGGUGUCGAUACCGGCCGCUUCCCAGAGACGGGCUUUCUGCAUGUCCAAGCGCACGGCACUUUGUUGUUUCGUUUGACGCCGAAGAAGGCAAGCUUGGAUAGUGUAUAUGUGAUUUGA